UCGUCAUUAUCCUACAUCUGUAAACCUAUCAGCGAGGCCGUCACUUUGGGAAACAGACUAGAGGAUUUCCAAGAUGGGGCUCGAAAGUACUAUGGUCUGUGUGGACAACAGUGAAUACAUGAGGAAUGGAGACUUUCUGCCCACCAGGUUACAGGCACAGCAGGAUGCGGUCAACAUUGUCUGUCACUCAAAGACCCGUAGCAACCCAGAGAACAAUGUGGGCCUAAUCACAAUGGCCAAUAAUUGUGAGGUCCUCACCACUCUAACACCAGACUCUGGCCGCAUACUCUCAAAACUCCAUGCGGUUCAGCCAGUGGGAAAAAUCUGCUUCUGCACCGGCAUACGAGUGGCACAUUUGGCACUAAAGCAUAGACAAGGCAAGAACCACAAGAUGAGGAUUGUCGCUUUUGUGGGCAGCCCAGUGGAGGAUAAUGAAAAAGAUCUGGUGAAGUUGGCAAAACGGCUGAAAAAAGAAAAAGUCAAUGUAGAUGUGAUAAAUUUCGGAGAAGAGGAGGUGAACACAGAGAAACUGACUGUGUUUGUGAACACUCUGAAUGGAAAGGAGGGCACAGGUUCUCAUCUGGUCACGGUUCCCCCUGGGCCCAGCCUGGCUGAUGCCCUGCUCUCUUCUCCUAUCCUGGCUGGUGAGGGUGGUACCAUGAUGGGCCUGGGUGCAAGUGAUUUUGAGUUUGGAGUGGAUCCCAGUGCAGACCCAGAGCUGGCCCUGGCACUGCGUGUAUCUAUGGAGGAACAAAGGCAGAGGCAGGAAGAGGAGGCUCGUAGGGCGGCCGUCCAAUCAGCAGCUGAAGCUGGCGUUCCCACCGCAUCCGCUGACGAAUCAGAGGAAGCACUUCUGAAGAUGUCUGUCUCUCAGCCCGAGAGUGCUGUGGCAGCACUGCCAGACUUCAGCAGCAUGACAGAGGAGCAGCAAAUAGCCUAUGCCAUGCAGAUGUCCCUGGCUGGUGGAGAAUUUGGAGAAUCAAUGGAUACAGGAGCUCCAAUGGACACUGCGGAAUCUAAGGAAGAGGAUGAUUAUGAUGUAAUGCAGGACCCAGAAUUCCUCCAAAGUGUCCUGGAGAAUCUACCUGGUGUUGACCCCAACAAUGAGGCCAUCCGCAAUGCCAUGGGCUCCCUGGCCUCUCAGAGUGGUAACAAACAAGAGGGGAAAAAAGAUGAUGAGAAGAAGAAAUAAAUUCAAGUGUUCUGUGAUUGCUGUACAAGCCAUUUGACAAGUCAAAUGUGGAAAUGAGUUAAAUUCAAGCGGCCAGCAGAAGUCUUUAUAAAAGCAGUUUUAGAUGCAUAAUGAGUUGCAAUCUGACAUUCAUAACCAAAUUACUGCAAUGUUGUGUGGUACCUCAAAAAUUCACACAUGGCUUGCUUUUUUCCCUUUUUGCUGUGCACAAUUUGGUUAAAAAUUUGAUAAUCCCAUGCAAGAUAUUUAAUCUGAGUGGAUUUCUUUUUUCUAUUGCCAAUAAAAUUACAUCUGACCAGAAGC